GUCGAAUCAGUGUGCAUUUGUGAGUUGACGUUGUUUGUGGAGCGAGUCGUUUAAACUAACAGCAUGGUCGAGGCAUUCGUUGGAACUUGGAAGAUGACUUCCAGCGAGAAUUUUGAUGAAUAUAUGAAGGCAAUAGGUCAAGUAUACCUUUAAAUAAAGCUGUUUUUAAUGAACGACAAUGUUGCAUGUAGUUCUAGAACCUUACUGAAGUUGGCUAGCUAAAUAUCCGUUUGUUUCACAGGUGUGGGCUUUGCAACUCGGCAGAUGGGGAAUAUGGCGAAGCCCAACUUGCUGUUCAGCAUCGACGACGGCGUAAUAUCAAUGAAAUCCCAGAGCACAUUCAAAACUACAGAGACCAAGUUUAAAUUGAAUGAAGAAUUCGACGAGAUGACUGCAGAUGACAGGAAAACCAAGGUGGGUGCAGCAGCCACACCAUAGAAAUUCCGGUUGUUACAGUAGUGUGGUUUCCAAUUGACAUUUUCCAACUUUAAACUUGAGAUGGAGUUAUGUGCCCUCCUGACACUACGUUAUUUCCAGACUCUGGUGACCUUUGAGAACGGAAAACUGGUCCAAAAACAGACAUGGGACGGCAAGACCACCACACUCGAGCGGGAGUUGCAAGAUGGAAAAUUGAUAGCGGUAAGGUUUACUCAAACUUGAUUGCUUUCCCCUCUCUGCUUGGUUGGAAAUAAAAUAUGCAUGGUUAAUAAUAAGCGUAUUUUUGAAUAUUUAUGCUUGAUAUUGCAUAUUUAUUGCAAUAUUGUUCCAUCCAAGUUUUAAUUGUGCAAUGUUGCAUGUUAUCAUCAUUAUGCAAUUUAAAAAACGUUAAUGUCAUCCAUCUCUUGCAAGUUGCAUUCUCCCCCUGUGUCAGCAAGGAUGGCACGCGCUUUUACGCGCGAACGUGUUCCAUAUGUCCUUCAAAGUUUUGGCUGGGAAACGUGGCUUGAAAAACACUUGCAAUCAUGUGCAACCCACUUUUUUCUUUUUUACAAAACGCUGCAUUGGGAAUCUAGACAUUGCUAAUAAAACCAAUUACGUAUAUAAUGCCAUCGAGAGGCUUUGAUGCCACCGGUCGGCCAUAUUGUCACUAUCCAGUAGAAGCAGUCCUCCAUAGGAAUGAAUGGAUUUCUACAGUAUUUCAAUGAAUGUUUCAACGACAAAAUUACACUUUUUUUUUUUAUACUGUUUUAGUGGGGACAGUAACGUUAGUGCAUUCUAAAAUACUUUAAGGAAAUUGUUGUUUUUUUGCUCACAUAAUAUAAUUUAGAAGUAUGCAUUAGUGUCUGUAAUAUAAUAAAUGUGUCAAACGAAUGUAGACAUUAAUAAAUGCAUUUCUAUAGCUUCCCAAAUCUUUUUGCGAAUGAGUACUAAGAUGGCUGGGCAGUGGCAUCAAUGCAGUGCCCCGGUCAGUCAUCCAGGGUUUAAACACCAUUGGCUAAAACCUGUCAACUUAUGUAUGCUCUCAGUUCGUUACCCGACAUUGUUUGUCAGUUCCCCUUUUAUAUUUCUGUGAUAGGGUAGUAACUCCUACCCUGUCACAUUUAGCAUGCGUGAAGAUGCACUUCAAAAAAAGUUAAUGUGGUUUGGCUCAUUUCAGAAAAUGCAGUUUUUAAGUGUAACUACAAUGACCCACUGACACAAUUAGGAUGAUUUGGUGGUUGUAUCACUGCACACUGAAUGUGACAUUACAUUUGAGUUCUAGGUUCUGACAUGACGUCACUGCAUUGCAUGACCUAAAGCUUGCACUGCUCUUUUUUCCCCCCAGAAAUGUGUAAUGGAUGAUGUGGUGGCGGUGAGGACCUAUGAGAAAGAGGUGUGAUUCCAGUCUGUUGCUGAAGUGAAGAACCCCCACCAGCAAAUCCAAAUCUUUCAUAUUAUCUGUUCAAUACCCACCAUGUUAAAUGCACUGACUACUCAAUUGGUACUAAAAUCCCAUGACGCUUUCAAUAAAGUCAAUUGUUCUGCUUUGUGAAAAGUGGUAUUUCCUUCAUUGCGAUGUCUAGGUCAGUUUGGAGGCUAAAUCCUAUUCAUCCAACUUAAUCCAUGUGGAUUACAAAUGAGCAAACCUCUAGUGAAGGUCUAUCCUGAGUACUUUGGUUGUAGGUGGUGAAAACAUUCCAAUGCGUUUCAGUGCCACGUAAUUUUUCAUGUCCAGUAAAUUGCAAUGUAAUUGUAGCGCUCAGAUAAAGUAAGCUAAGCAUACACUGCAGAAUACGUUGUUUUCACAAUGUACCUAUUUUGAGAGCAGGUGACCAAGUGGAAUGUCCAAAACAUG